AUGAGGCAACGGAUAGUUCUGAAAAUGGAUAUGAGUGUGAAUGAGAAAUCGAUGAAGAAAGCUAUGAAAAUCGCAUCUGGAGCACCAGGUGUGAGAUCGGUCUCGAUUCAGGGACAGAACGAUCAGUUGGUUGUCUUGGGAGAAGGGAUUGACACGGCGGAGCUCACACGAGAGCUCCGAAAGAAAGUUUGUCACACAACGAUCGUCGCCGUUCAGGCAGCGCCGCCGCCUCCGCCACAGCAGCACCAGCAAACGCAGCAGCAUUUUAUGGGACAUUACAACGAGAUGGCUCCGGCAAGAAGAUGCAUCUGCGAUAUCCCAAAUUCGGGUUUCUGCGGAUUCUGUAGAUCUAUGAGUCACAAUGAUUACCAGAUGAUAGAUCCGCCGUAUCAUCCUCCGGUGAUCUAUGGUGGUUACCGUAAUGAUCCUGAUGGUUGCAUAAUCAUGUGA